UCAGCACGGUGGAGAUUUUGUCGGCAUCAGGUCCCAACUCAACUCACUGGUGUGACCUCUCUUCCAUAGAAAUAGAGAGAAGCAGGAGAGAGAAAACGAAGGGGAUAGUGAGAGAAGUGAGUGAUUUCCCAGAGUUGUGUUCUUGCGAAAAUGAAGUGGUAUUCCAAAAUGUGGGCACUUCACAAACACAAAUCAUCAAUUAUCAAAUUAGGUGUAAUGAUCUUAGCUACUACUCUUGUUAUUCGACUUUUUCUCUAUAAUGACUCCAGAUUUCCUCCUGAUUCUCCCCUAAUUCAACAAACCACUCCAGUUCAAACCCCACAUCUCCCAUUUCCGGACCACAUUAUGUCAGAUUCCAGAAUCAAUGAUGAAUUGCAUAAAAAAUCAGGAAAGUGUGAUCUUUUUGCUGGGGACUGGAUCCCAAAUCCAUCUGGACCUGCAUAUAUUAAUGAGACUUGCGAUUUCAUUGAAGAACAUCAGAAUUGCAUGAAGAACGGGAGGCCCGAUUCAGAAUAUCUCUACUGGAGAUGGAGUCCAAGAAACUGUGAGUUACCUCAGUUCAAUGCAAUGCGAUUCCUUGAGAUAAUGCAGCACAAAACAUGGGCAUUUAUUGGUGACUCUAUCUCGCGAAAUCACGUGCAGUCCUUGAUUUGUAUGCUCUCAAAGGUUGAAGAAGCGGAAUUGUUUUAUCAUGAUGAAGGAUACAAGUCUAAAGGAUGGCGUUUCCCAUCGUCCAACUUGACCAUAUACGUUCUAUGGUCUCCCUUCCUUACAGAAGCCGCUAUUUAUGAAGAUAUCAAUGGUGUCUCUUCUCAGGAUAUAGAACUGCACCUUGACAGACUUGAUAAGAAGUGGACUGAUUUAUACAAAAACUUGGAUUACAUGAUCUUCUCAUCUGGAAAGUGGUUUGUCAAAACAGCAAUUUAUUAUGAGAAUGAAACAGUUUUGGGAUGUCAUGCCUGUCAAAAGAACAUCACUGACCUCAAAAUAGAGUUUGCUUACCGCAAAAGUCUGCAGUCGGUGUUCAACUUUAUUGCUACAUCUGAUCAUAAAGGAGUAAUCUUUUACAGAACAUCCACCCCGGAUCAUUUUGAAGGCGGGGAAUGGUCCACCGGAGGAAAGUGUGAUAGAACAGUGCCGUUUAAAGAAGGUGAGGUUGAGAUGAAGUCCAUGCAGAAAUUGCUGCGACAAACUGAACUGGAGGAAUUUGAGAAUGCAGUAGGGAAGGCAACCGAAAACGGUGUGCGCCUAAAACUUCUUGAUUUUUCACUGCUUUCCUUGUUGAGGCCCGAUGGGCACCCUGGUCCGUACAGACAAUAUUACCCUUUCGCAAAGGAUGAAAAUGCACAAGUCCAGUAUGAUUGUUUGCAUUGGUGCUUGCCUGGGCCAAUAGACGCGUGGAAUGAUGUAAUUAUGGAAAUGAUAGUGAACGGAUGAGUUAUUUUGAAGAGACUGCUUGAGAAAAACGGAACAGACAACAGUUUGUGAAUACUAGAUGAGCAACAUCAUGCAUUGAUGAGUAAAUAGAGGACAGUGCCCUAUCGCGGGUUAUACAAAAGUUAAAACUUUUUCCCCCGGUUUUUCAUGUUAGUCCUGAUUUUGAGAUUAUUUUGGCUUGCUUAUUGUAUUCCGAAUGUAAUGGUUUAGAUGAGAACUUUCUGAAGAAGUCAUUGCUGCUGUUAUUUAUCAUGGUAAGUUAUACAAAGUAUUUCAGAUUGAAUGGAUCGUUUCAGAUGUCAUUUCUGAUUUCUCUGAACUGUGAAGAAGCAACCAUGAAGUGAAAGGGUCAUGCCUACAGUGAUUGUCAACUUUUACCAUGCAAGAUUCAGUGUAAUGGUGGCUCUAUAUGUGCGCGAUUUUAGAUCAGGGUUCCGCUAGGAUUGGAGGAUAUUGAGCCUGUAGAAGUCAAGUGUGGGUAUUUGACAGAAGAUAGUUCACCAGGUACUAGAUAAAUUUACUUCUGUCAAAAGUUUCUGUUAUAAUGAGAGUUUUAUGUUCGCUUAAUUUUGAUUAGGUAUUCUCUGUGUAUCAUUUUCGGAGGGCCUAUAUUUGAUCAUACAGCUAGACAAUGAAAUUGAAAGUAGGUGUUAUUUUCUUAAUCUUUCAUGCAGUUAUUGGACAAUACUGAUUGAAAUUUGUAGAUUGGAUGUCAUAUUUGGAUUGAUUAAACAACAAUGCAUUUUGAUAACUGUAA